AUGUCUACUCCUACCCGCGAGGGCUUGGCCCCAUUCUCCGUUCAAAGUGUGGGGAAGUCUUAUGAGACAUAUUACAAGGUCUACGGCGAUCUCAAAUCUGGCGUCACACCUGUGAUCGUCAUCCACGGUGGUCCCGGAAAUACACAUGAGUAUCUUGCGCCUCUCGUGGAUCUUACGCAGGUGUAUGGAAGGCCUAUUGUCUUCUACGACCAGCUCGGUAAUGGAGGAUCGACAUUUCUCCGCGCGAAGAGCGGUGAUAAUUUUUGGGAACCUCAGCUUUUUGUGGAAGAAUUUCACAACCUGGUGACUUUCUUGGGGAUCGAGGAAUAUUCCAUAGUGGGGCAUUCGUGGGGUGCGAUAUUGGGUUUAGAGAUUGCGGUGAAGCAGCCGAAAGGCCUAAGGCGACUGGUGCUGUCAUCUGGGUUAGUGUCGAUGGAACUUUGGGAGCAGUCAACGGCGAAGUUGCUGAGGAUGAUGCCGGAAGAUAUCCAGAAAACCAUUCGCGACAACGAGAGCGCAGGGACAUUCGACUCCCCAGACUAUCAGAAGGCGAAUUUAGAAUUUACCCUACGCUUUGGGAUCAGGAUGAACCCGUUGCCGGAUGAGGCUGGGGCUCUAUUUCGGGCUUUUGAGAAGAAUCCUACCAUAUACUACACGAUGCAAGGACCGUCGGAGUUCACGAUCACCGGAAGCUUAAGAUCAUGGAAUAUUAUUUCGGAGUUGCACAAGAUCAAUGUCCCUACAUUGUUAACAAAUGGAGCGUACGAUACGGCGCAAGAUCUUGUGAUGGCGCCGGCGUUCGAGAAGAUCUCCAAGGUAAAGUGGUACACAUUCUCGCGGAGUGCUCAUAUGGCAUUUGUGGAAGAGAGGGAGAAGUACAUGAAGGUAGUCGCUGAAUUCCUUGCAUAUGAGCAAUGA